AUGACUGAUAAUACACUGAUCAUUGUCAUUGAAGCUCUCCCGCAAAACUCUGUCAAGCAAGUUGUGGUGAUUCAGGCGAACCUCAAGAUGAACACAACAAUAUAUACGGACGACGGCCCCCUCGGACCCACUUAUUCUUGGCAAAACUAUGGAGUGGUCUAUAUUUGCAUGUUUAUAUGGAGCACUCUGUAUGUAUUUGGGCGCAUUUACGAUUUCCUGGACCGCUAUGGCAACAAAUAUCCAAUCUUGGGUGAUUGUUCGUGGUGGGGUAGAAAAACCUGGUUCUGGGGUGCGUCAGCGCAAGACAUGCCAACACUUGUACUGAACGGCUAUGAGAAGUACAGUCGAAAUGGUCAGGUCUGGGGAGUUUGGAUUUUUGAUCGGCUCUUUCAAGUACUUCCUCCCAUGAUGAUGGAAGAAGUAAGGCGGCUGCCUCCCAACAAAGCCAGUUUUCUAGGCCUGGUAGAUGGUCUGUUCAUGUGGUCUGCGCAUACGGGAAAGACUUUGAAAGAGCGGUACCACAUAGCUGCGCUGAAGCACCUGAACCAAAUCCUUCCCGAUAUGACUGAGCGCUUGUCUCAAGAAACAGACAUACAAUUAUCCAAAAUAGCCGGUCGCGGCGAUGAAACUGCACGAGGAUGGACUGUGUACAACGGCUGGGAUACCAUGCUAGACCUAUCAUUCAAUUUGAUGGGCCCAUUCCUAAUAGACUCCGAUCUGGGACGUUCACAAAGGUUCAUACAUCACGCGAGACAGUACUGUGCGACAAUUCCAUUCUGGGCAGCGCUGAAGUUCAUGUUGCCUCCGUUUCUUUAUGGAUCUUCCUCAUGGUUCUUACCACCGGCCUGGACCGUUUGUAAAUACCUUCGGAAAGUUCAAAAGAUGGUGGUACCGGAAAUACAGCGGCGAAAACUACAGACAGGAGCAACACAUGAUGUGUUACAAAGUUUAUUGGAGAUUCCAAAUGGCCUCGAUCAAGACCAAUCAGAUGAGGAGAUAGUCAACCAGAUGCUAUUUGUACUUUUUGCUGGUGCUGAUCUGCUCGGGGUUGUGCUAUGCCAACUUGUCUACACUAUCAUAGCAUACCCGGAGUAUGAGCAAGAGUUACUAAGUGAGAUUGCGCAGGCAGUCGACAAUUGCUCCGGCUGGAACAAAAGCACAAUAUCUUGUAUGCCGAAGUUGGAUAGUUUCAUAAGGGAAGUUUUGAGAAUCAACCCCCCUAUAUGUUGCACCGUACAGCGUAAGGUUUGCGAGGACCUCGAACUAUCUAAUGGGAAGAUUCUGAAAGCGGGAGAUAACGUAUUUUUCCCCACACGCGCCGUCCUUUGCGACCCAGAUAUCUACCCAGACCCCGAUAAAUUUAAUCCAUAUCGAUUCCUUGACCAGAGCGGAUCAGAUAGUGUGGUCCAUACAGCUACACAAACUAAACACUACUCAGUAUUUGGAUACGGCCAACAGUCCUGCCCUGGUCGCUUUUAUGGAAUCCUCGCAUCGAAAUUAGUCCUGGCAAAGUUGUUGCUUUCGUACGAAAUGAAAUUCUUUCCGUCUAGAAAAGGUAUGCCGGGUGGAGUUUGUCAGGGUGUGCAAUUAGCACCAAACAUGGAUACAUUUGUUGCAUUUCGAAGAAGGACAUAA